CCAACCUUGAAGAAGCCCCCUUCACAACUUCUUCUCAACCUCUCCGGGCCUUUGUUCAGCUGCAUCGCAUCCCCCCAUGCCCCCAUUAGCGUCGCCCUGGCGCGCAUCAUGCAGCACCUUCAACGCGUACAACCCCGCCCUCGCCCUCACAUCCGCCUUCGCGUCGACAGCUUUGCACAGGACGAAACCCCUCCGUUCGACGCCUCGCCUUCACCUUUCAACAUCCAGUCGCCGCUCCCUCUCCAUCAGCACAGCAAGACGCCUGCCCCCUCCCGGCAACGAUGCGGUCGACGCGGCGCUCGCCCAGGACGUACAGAGCCUUCAUCCCGACGGCAAAGGCACAUAUGCCAGCUUCGACAAGUUGAAGGGGAUGCUGGCUCAGCGCAAACCUGGUAGUAGACCUACCAGAAGUGCGCAGGCUGCUGCUCCUACCCCGGCAAGGAAGGCGCGGGGACAACCUGCCAAGGCUAAAGUGGAUGCUACUCCGGCUUCCUCUACAAGCGUUAAGGGGGAGGCUGUUGUUGAGAAUGUUGAAGCUGCUGCGAGGCCGUUGGAAGGAGGUGAAGAUGAUGCGGCUCCGGCUGGCGGGUGGUCAUUGACGCGUCAACCUCCGAGAAAGGCAGACAAAACUUCGACCAGGGGACAGCGCAAGACGGCAGCGAAGCAGGCUUCUCCGAAUGAUAUAUCCGCAACACAGACAUCUACGAACCAGCCUUCUACGGGACGCCCCGUCGCUGCAGACGACGCGCUUGCAGUUGGAGACACUGCUGCAUGGCAGAUGUCUAUGAAGCAGAUUGCACAGGACGCGCAUGCCCUUUACGACUCUGAAGCAUCGCUGGACAACAUGUCCGAUGCAGAUAUUGAGGCCAUCCGAACAAAGCUCGAAUACCGAGGUGCUUACAUUCCCUACCCCGACAGCCCACUGUCUCAUCCCACACCUCUGCCGUGGGUCCUCUCACCUACGGACUCCUCCAGCAUGACCGCUCGAGAGGCAUUGGAGACGGAGAUCCACCGGUUCGUGGAAUACGCGCAGUGUUCAGACGUGGAACGUGUGGCGCGCAACGCAGUCGUCCAAGAAGUGCAGGCGACAAUCGCCAAAUACACCUCCCACGACGGCUGCGGCAGCGAAGUGUUCGGAUCCGAGGUCACCGGCCUAGCCCAAGCAGCAUCCGACAUCGACAUGCGCUUCACAUCCCUCGACGACCCCUCCGCACCCCCGGCUCGGCUUGGCCCCCCGUUGAAACACCUCUACAACGUCAUGAAGGACCACCCAAGCUACAUGUGCGUCACCUUCCGGUACGCCGCCUUCCCCAUCAUCAACGCCCAGCACCGCGCCUCCGCCCUCGACCUCCAAAUCGUCUCCGCCCCGCCCACCACCCCCCAGCAACAAAUCACCCAGCAAUACCUGCGCGACCUCCCCCACCUGCGUACCCUCUACACCCUCCUGCGCGCCGCCCUCGGCACCCGCGGCCUGCACGACGUCUUCAACGGCGGCACAGGCGCCUAUGGCCUGUUCAUCAUGCUCGCCGCAGCCCUCCAACGCCGCUUGCACGCCGCCCCCUCCAGCCUCCCCACCCUCACCGACCAACUCCAGCACGUCCUUUCUUUCUACAAAACCCUCGACACCGAAAAGCACGGCCUCACUUCUACGCCGCACCCGAAACUCUUCGCAAAGCACGACGCCCUCACCCAAGUCGACACCAAGACGACAAAACAGCUCGUCAGCGCCGCUUUCGCGCGCAAAGACGCCGUUCGCGCCGGGCAAUGGGCCAUCGGACAGCGCAGAGCAUUCCAACCUUACCUCCUCUGCUUGCAGGAUCCAGCAAACCCAACGAACGAUCUAGGCAAGCGCGGCAACGCCAUUAAGCAUGUGAUCGAGACGCUGGAAGUUUUGGGCCGGGAGCUGGCGCGCGGUAUUGAGAAGUGGGAUGCUGGAGAUAGGAGUGCGGAGUCGCUUUUGUUGCCGCUUGUGGGGAGGUGUCAUGAGGUUGAUUUGGAGCGGAGGCGGAAGUUGGAGGAGUUUGGGUUGCGGGUUUUGGCGGAGGGGAAGAAGCGUAAGGCUGGGGUGGAGGCGGUGGAGGAGAGUGGACAGGUUGCUGUUGCUAGUGCGUGAGGGAAUGGAGAAUCAGGCAAGCGUACGCGUCUUCGGAUGAGAGAGAGUGUGUGUGUAGAACGAAUGCAAAAGACAAAAUA